AGGGGAGGCGACAAGAUGGGGGAGCGGGCGGCGGCGGGGGCACUCUCCGUGGUGCUGAUCCUGGGGCUGGGGCUGCCGCCGGGCGCCCUGGCCUGCCCCCACCCCUGCGCCUGCUACCUCCCCACCGAAGUCCACUGCACCUUUCGCUCCUUAGCAGCCGUGCCGGCAAGGAUUUCGAAACAUGUGGAAAGAAUCAAUUUUGGGUUUAACAGUAUACAGUCUAUAUUCGAAAACUCCUUUGCAGGACUUACAAAACUGGAAUUGCUCAUGAUACAUGGAAAUGACAUUCAGAAUAUACCUAAUGGUGCUUUGAAAGAUCUUGUGUCUCUACAGGUUUUCAAAAUUAGUUACAAUAAAUUGAAAGUCAUAACUGGCCAAACCCUCCAAGGACUUUCAAGCUUAAUGAGACUGCACAUGGACCACAACAGAAUUGAGUUUAUUCAUCCAAAUGCUUUUAAUGGAUUAACUUCUCUGAGACUGGUCCACUUAGAAGGAAAUUUGCUCCAGCAGCUUCACCCCAACACCUUUUCAACAUUUAUGGUCCUUGAUUAUUUCAAACUGUCAACAGUAAGACAUCUCUACCUGUCUGAAAAUGCUCUUAGGACCUUGCCAGCAGGGAUGUUUCAAGGCAUGCAGCUGCUGGAAAACCUUUACCUUCACGGGAAUCCAUGGGCCUGUGACUGCAGUUUAAAGUGGCUCCUUGAAUGGAAUGAAGUUUCUGGAGGUGUUUUAAAAUGCAAAAAGGACAAAGCCUAUGAAGGGGGACAGCUCUGUCCCAAGUGCAACAGCCCGAAACAGCUGCAGAAAGAAGAUAUUCAAAACUUGAAAGAUAUUUCUUGUAGGAAACCUGUCAUUCAGUCCUCAGUGAGGCAGAAUAGCAGCAGUCAAGAUGAAGAAGAUGGUGACAGUUAUGAACUUCCUCUGGAAGAGCUUCCGUCCUUACCAUGGAACAUUACUCUAAAUAUGACUGAUGAGCAUGGCAAUGUAGUCCACCUGAACUGUGAAAUCAAAAAACCAACAGGCUCUACCAAAAUUCAGUGGAAUCAAAUCCAGACUCAGGAGAUUGAUAUAAAUGCUACAGUUUCACUGGAUUUUGAAUGCCCAAUGAAUCGAGAAAACUAUGAAAAACUGUGGAAACUUAUAGCUUAUUACAGUGAAGUACCUGUCAAAUUAGAGAGGGAACUUAUGCUCAGCAAAGAGCCUAAAAUAAGCUAUCGGUACAGGCAAGGCUCAGAUUAUGAUGCUCUUUACUACACAGGUGUAAAAGCUCAAAUACUGGCUGAACCUUCCUGGGUGAUGCAACCUCUUAUAAAUAUCCAAUUAAACAGGCGCCAGAGUACAGGGAAAAAAGUGGUGCUAUCUUUUUUUACUGUGUUUUCUCAGACAAUUCGUACCAAAGACACCAGGCAUCAGAGAAGCUGGGUAAUGAUAGAGCAAAACCAGAGCAUAAGGACAGCGCAGAGUGUGGUGGAGGGGUCAGAGUGUCAGCUGAGCUGCAAUGUGAAAGCUUCUGAGAGCCCCUCCGUUCAGUGGCUCUUUCCAGAUGGAACUAAACUGCAGGCACCAUUUAAUCAGAAAGACAGCAGGUUUUCCGUUCUUACUAGUGGUCAGCUAAUAAUCAAAGCAGUGAGUUACACUGAUGGUGGUUUGUACCACUGUGUUGCCCAAGUGAGAGAUGAUGUGGACAUAAUGGCUUACAGACUUCUAGUGCAGCCUCCAGCUAUUCAGGUAGCUGAUUCAGAUGUAGUGAGAGUUGAAAAAAAUGUUGGUGAUCCAAUAGUUUUGCCAUGCAAUGCAGUUGCCAUCCCAGAGCCACAGCUGAGCUGGAUUCUUCCAAACAGCCAGGUACUUAAUGAUUUAUCAAACUCUUCAAAAGCAUAUAUGUUGGGCAAUGGUACUUUGCUUAUUCCAAAAAGCCACAUCAGUGAUAGUGGCCAUUACAGAUGUGUGGCUGUCAAUCAGCAGGGAUCAGAUCAGUUUGUUGUAAGGGUGACAGUAAAUAAAAUGGUGUCUGACAGGUCAUUUAAAAGGAUAAAGCUAAAAAAGCGCCUGGGCUCAAAAACUUCAUCAAAAACAAGAGGGCGGGUCACAGAUGAUGGAGAGGGAUCGGGGGCAGGAGGGGUGGAUGAGUUCCCACGAAGAAAGAACCACCUGAAAGACCGGGAAAUAUCCUUUAAACAAAAAAGUGACCAGGUGCCAGAGGCUCAAAUUAAAAAGGGGAAGAAAGGCAGAAGGAAAAUGAAAAUCUGGAAAAGUACUGAUAGAACGCAAGACAGCAAUGUUGCUGAAGGCCGGAGAGUAUUUGAAUCUCGAAGGAGAAUUAAUAUGGCAAGCAAGCAGAUUAAUCCACAGCAUUGGGCUGACAUUUUGGCAAAGGUCCGUGGGAAGAAUAUUCCUAGAACAACAACAGCUACAGCCAUUUCUUUAACAACCGCACUGCCAUCAGUCAUACAGAAAAUUACUCCAGUCCCUCAUCCGGUAGCUAGUCCUCCACCUUCAGAGACAGCAGCUGAUGUGGUAGAUUCCUCUGCAGAUGCAUCACCUGUGGGUGAGGAUGAGCCAUUCUCAGUCACUGUUUCCCACAACACUAAAGCAUUUUCAGUCCAGUCCAUAUUAACAAGGUCAGAAACUGAACACUUCUUUGACCACAGGGCUUUAGAAACACCUGCAAAUACAUACUCUGUAGAAAUCCCUGUAAUGGGUCCAUAUUUGACUCCCAUGGCUGCAACUGUCCAACCCAAAGGCCAGCAGCGUCUUGAUGUCAGGACUGAUAAUUCAGUUGUAGUCAAAGAAAAUAUCCAUGCUCUCACUGAAGAAUCACAAACCAGACAAAUUGUAACAAACUUUCCUAAUAUUCAGAGCAGUUCAUUCACAGUGGGAAAUGUAGAUAGAACUGUAUCUUCUACAUCAGAGGAAAAUUCUGCUUUUGCUGAGCUACCACUUGAUACUACUGUCCUAGCUGAAUCUCAGACUGUGGAUCUUCAUAGUGUCUCGGAGACAAGUGUGAAGUUAAAUGAAGUGGACCUGAUGAGUGUUGACACAAUCAUUUUAACACCUUCUCAGUUAGAUGAGAUCAUCCCAACAGAUUCGGUAGGAACUACUACUAUUUCUUCAUCUGUUUCUCCAUUUGUUACAGAAAAGAGCAAUGACUUGAUACACCAGCACAAAGAAGUAUCCACAGGUCAGACAAAAAUGCCAGACUUAAGUACAAGUUUUCCAGCUGUCACGCCCAUCAGGGUUCAGAGCAAGGAAGAACCUGAGACCCACAGAAAUACAGUGACUCAAGAAAGCACGUCCAGCAGUUAUGCAGCAAGUUUUCAGGAAGGAAAACACAGAAACCUGGCUACUCCAAAACCAGAUCCCACAUUAAUUUUGCCAAGUACUAAUGCUCUUCAUAAAACAGCAGAGGGGAUAAAAACUGCUUCUUCCAUCAGUAGUUUGACCACUGUGGCCACAACGACAACUCCCUAUAGAAAGACCGUGCCUUCACUUGUUACUCAGCAUGCUAGAAAAAGGCCUUAUGGGAGAAGGAGAUUGAGGCCAAACAGAAUCCGACAAAGACCAAAGCCUUUCCCCCCUGUUUUAACCACAGAGGCAAUGCCUAUCAUUCCAAGGACACCUGAAGUUGAAGCUGUGACCAAAACUUCUUCUGCAACUCUUGAAAGUCCCGAUCUUAAAAACAAUGUCAAAAUACAUGCUAAGGAAGAGGAGCAUAUGGAAUUCACUCCUUCAUUGGUUACUGACCCAGUUGUCUUGGAGAGAAUUACCAAAAUCAGAGAGGUGGUCACAACUUCCUUCUUUAGGCCUACUGCUUCUCCACCUGAACCAAAACAUGUGACACUUUCUACUGCUCCUGAAACCUUGGCACUUCCAGUGACUGCACCUAUCACGAUUUUGUCAUCUUAUGUUGUACAUGAUGCAGUUCCCACGAAAGAGUCAAGUGCACCUCUAAAACCAGAGCAAAGUGAAGUGCCAACAUACCACUCAUUAGACAAUAUAUCUGAGGAAAAGGGCAUUAAAGCAGAUUCUAAAACUAUGCACAGUAAGACAGAACAAUCAAGCACAACAACUUCUCCUGAGCAAAUGAACAUCUUCAUACUUUCUACAAAACCAGAAUCUCAAGAAGAGUCUAUCCUAUUUGACUCAGAAGUUGUGGUUAAUGAAACAACUGCUAGAACGUUCCAGAUGAUGUAUCCCACUAUGACUGACUUAAGUAUUCCUGUUGGCACAGUGGAAGUUUUUAAGGACCUCUCAGUUUCAAAGGAGCCAUGGAAGCCUACAGUAUCUUUAGAAAUAUCAGCAAUAACUGAGCCACCUCAGCAACAUGAGAUAAUGACUUUGUCCUCCUCCUUCAGCUCGACAGAAACUCAGACUUUUCCACUUAGAGAAACAAAGAAAUCUGUUGCUUCUCAGACUGGGACAAAGCCAUCUUCCUGGGAUAAAAAGGAAGCUACGUUACCCGUAUUUCAUCAUGAUCCCACUUUGCAGACAACUGAAAAGCUUCUGACUGUAUCUACUGCCUUUAUUCCGUUUAUAAAACUUGCCACUCUUCCCCCUUCCAUUUCAAGCACUUCACAUCCUUCUCUUCAUUAUACCACCGAGGAAAGUAAUGCCUUCAAUCAAGAAAGGUUCCCAGAAGCAAAGCAAGUUGAAGCAGAUGGUGACAAAAUGGUGGUGAGCUCAAGGCAGAGUGUACACCCUACUCCGUUCUCUAGCCAAAACAGGAUUAGCAUACAGUCGAAAGAGGAGCAAUUCAAAGACAUGUAUAGUAGCAAGUCAAACAACAGUUUACUGCUAAAUCCAAACCUUCCCCAUCCACCCGCUGGAAUGAUACCAAACCUAAACGAAAGACUGCCUGUUGUGCCUCCAAAGCAUAUUCCAGCAAGAGGCACAGUGAAGCCUCCAUAUAUUGUAACACAAGGUUCAUUUCGCUAUUUUAUAACACACCAGCCUCUUCACUACACAAACAAACCAGAGAUAACAGCAUAUGCAGCACAUACCAUCCAGGACAAAAAAUCUUUUGCCUCUCAGAGAGAAACAACUACCCCAACACAAGCCUCUCCAUUUCACAAAACAAAUCCAUUCACUGCAAGCAAGUUCGGUAAUCAGGGUCAGAACAGAUACAAUAUUAAUUCAAGAUUUUUUGGAAAUAACUAUGUUCCAGAUAACAGAGGCACAGCAGGGAGACUACCAAGUCAAGGGAUCCCCUAUUAUCCCAGUUCCAGAAUGCCAUUCCUUUUCAACAGAACGAGGAUAUUCCCUCACUUAAGUAUGCAUCCUAAACCAGUGGUCCCUAGUCAACUGGUCCCAAAAGACACAAAUGAGAAGGUUGCCCAGUUCUCCCCUACUAGGAUUGCAGUGCAGAAAGCUACAGCUAUUCCAGUGCCUCCAAUGCCACAUACCACAACCACCACAUCACCACCACCAGCGAUUUUGAAGUUUACCCCUCCAGCCUUUCUCUCUCAGCGCACAAAACCACAGACAUCCACUACAGUUCAUCCUUUUAAAAAUGUCCAUCAUCGUCAUCAAAAAGUUCCAUCUGUGCCUUAUGUGGAAGGCAUUAUGCCACACAAUUCGACUGUAAUUCAAUCUUCUGCUAAUUUCAGGAUACACGGAGAAAGACCUAAAAUUAUGACAAAAGGGUCUCACAGCAUAUCCAUCCUUGCCGAAACAGAUGCUUUUAUCCCUUGUGAUGCAGUGGGGGAACCCAAACCUUUUAUUACUUGGACAAAAGUCUCUACAGGAGCUCUAAUGGCAGCCAACACCAGGUUACAAAGGUUUGAAGUCUGGAAAAAUGGUACCCUCCUUAUUCGAAAUGUUCAGCUUCAGGAUCGUGGACAGUAUUUGUGCACAGCUCAAAACCUGCAUGGCAUAGAUAAAAUGAUCAUUGUGCUCACAGUUGUAGCCCACCAGCCCAAAAUUUUACUUUCCCGCUAUCGAGAUGUAACGGUCUCUUUUGGAGAGACUAUAGCAAUGGAAUGUCAGGCUAGUGGGACUCCAAACCCACAUAUUUCAUGGAUUUUCCCAGAUAGGAAGAUUUUGCAGACAGUCACCACCACAGAAGGCAGGAUAAUGCUUCAUGAAAAUCGAACCUUGUCUAUCAAGCAAGCAACUUUUUCAGACCGAGGAGUUUACAAAUGCAUAGCAAGCAAUGCUGCAGGAGCUGACAGCAUUGCAGUGAGGCUGCACAUUGCAGCCUUACCCCCCAUCAUCCAGCAGGAUAAGCAAGAGAACAUUUCUUUGCCCCUUGGUAGCAGUAUUAACAUCCACUGCACUGCCAAAGCAGCACCUUCUCCCAGCAUCCGCUGGGUGGUCUUUGAUGGCACGCAAAUCCGACCUUCUCAGUUUGUCAAUGGGAAUUUAUUUGUUUUUCCCAAUGGAACUCUUUAUAUUCGCAACGUCUCCCCCAAGGACAGUGGGACCUACGAGUGCGUUGCUGCUAACAUGGUGGGAGCUGCCAGGAGAACAAUACAACUCCAUGUGAAGAAGCAUGCAUCUAAUGCUAAGAUCACUGGGAGCUCACCUCAAAGGACAGAUGUAACAUAUGGCAGCAUCCUGCAUUUAGACUGUAGUGCUUCUGGUGACCCCUGGCCUCGGAUACUGUGGAGGUUGCCUUCCAAAAGGAUGAUUGAUUCCCUACACAGUAGCUUGGAGACUAGAAUAAAAGUAUUCAGCAAUGGGACUUUGGUUGUCCAUUCAGUUACAGAUAAAGAUGCUGGAGACUAUUUGUGUGUGGCUCGCAAUAAGAUUGGGGAUGAUUAUGUCGUCCUCAAAGUGAAUGUGAUGAUGAAACCAGCAAAAAUAGAACGUAAGAAUGAGAAUAACCACAAAGUCAAGUACGGAGGGGACCUGAAAGUUGACUGUGUAGCCACAGGUCUGCCAAAUCCUGAGAUCUCCUGGGGUCUCCCAGAUGGCAGCAUGAUCAAUACCUUCAUGCAGUCAGAUGACAGCGGCAGCCGGACGAAGCGAUACGUGGUCUUCGAUAAUGGAACCCUGUAUUUCAAUGAUGUUGGACUGAGAGAGGAAGGGGACUACACUUGCUAUGCUGAGAACCAGAUUGGAAAGGAUGAGAUGAAAGUGCGGGUCAAAGUAGUGGCCGAGCCUGCAACUAUCAGGAACAAAACAUACGUCAUUAUUAAUGUACCCUAUGGUGAUGUUGUGACAGUAGCAUGUGAAGCCAAAGGAGAACCCACUCCCAAAGUGACUUGGCUCUCCCCAACCAACAGGCCCAUUCCUGCCCUAUCUGACAAAUACCAAGUAUAUAGGGAUGGCACCCUCCUCAUCCAAAAGGCCCAAAGAUCUGACAGUGGUAACUAUACUUGCGUAGUGCGGAACAGUGCUGGAGAAGAUCGAAAAAUCGUCUGGAUCCACGUUAAUGUUCAGCCUCCCAGAAUCAAUGGUCAUCUCAGUGCAAUAACAUCCAUGAGGGAGACAGCCAUCAGGGACAGCCGGAAACUUAUUGACUGCAAAGCUGAAGGCAUCCCUGCUCCACGGGUCCUAUGGGCUUUUCCAGAAGGAGUAAUCCUGCCAGCUCCCUACUAUGGGAACAGAAUCACUGUGCAUCGCAAUGGUACUUUGGACAUCCGAGAGGUGAGGCAGACAGAUGCGGUGCAGCUCAUAUGCAUCGGACGGAAUGAAGGAGGGGAAGCGAGACUGAUUGUGCAGCUCCUCAUCACAGACCAUUUGGAGAAACCCUCCUUCAGAGACCCUGUUAAUGAAAGGAUCACUGCCAUUGCUGGGCACAGCAUUAAUCUGAACUGCUCAGUCCAGGGGAACCCCAAGCCCAGCACAAGCUGGAUCCUUCCCAAUGGCACUGAAGUGCUGACUGGCAGCCGUCUGCACAGAUUUUACCAUAAGAGGGAUGGGAUCUUACACAUCAGCAGCCUCUCUGCUGGGGAUGCUGGGACUUACCGCUGUACAGCCAGAAACCCAGGAGGUUAUGUGGAACGCAUAGUCUUUCUGAAGGUUGGACUCAGGCCAGAAAUCAGCAACCAGUACAACAACCUGGUGAGCAUCAUCAAUGGAGAAACUCUGCAGCUCCAUUGCAUUACCCAGCCAAACCAGCGGGCGCAGAUCUCCUGGACGCUGCCCAAUGGGAUGGUGCUGGAUGCCCCCCAGGCUGUGGGUCGCUUCUCUCUGCUGGAGAAUGGCUCACUGACAGUGCGUGAGGCUUCUGUAUUUGACAGGGGCACUUACCUGUGUAAGGUGUCCACAGAGUAUGGCACUACUGUUAUGAAUGUGCCUGUCAUCGUGAUAGCCUAUCCUCCGCGGAUCACCAGUGAGCCAGCACCCGUCAUCUAUGCCAGGCCUGGAAAUUCAGUAAAACUGAACUGCAUGGCCAUUGGGAUUCCUAAAGCAGAAAUAACAUGGGAGCUUCCAGACAAAUCACAUCUGACAACAGGAGCUCAAUCCCGUCUGUAUGGAAACAAAUUCCUCCACCCUCAGGGGUCAUUAGUCAUCCAGCAGCCUACUCAAAGGGAUGCGGGCUUCUAUAAAUGCACUGCUAAAAAUAUACUAGGCAGUGAUUCGAAAACAACCUACAUACACAUAUUCUAACACUAAAACAAAUGCCUUUGGCUGGAUACUAGUGUUCAAGUCACUGCCAAGCGAGUACAACAGGGAAAGUACUGCUUGCAACAAAGCCGGAAAGGCUGAGGGCAGAAAAAAAAACUAUUUUCAUGCAAAGUGCAUUGCUUUUGUACUCAAUAUGGUAGUACAUCCCUGCAAUAAAAGGAGGCAGUAGACAUACUGAAAUUGAGGGGACUAACACAUUGGAAAAGAUCUUUAAGUUGUUAAGACAGCAUAGUGUGGUUUUUCAUGCUAUCCAAUAGCAUCUGAGACCUAAAGUAAAGUACUCUAUUCUUGUCAAUAGUCCAAAACUAUUCCUUGUUUUAACAAGCACCUUAAAAGUACCAAAGAAGUAUUAACUGUUAAUAAAUGAGCUGCAGUGAUAGAAGUGCUUUAGUAAAACAUAAUUUUCUUUAUACCCUGCAGCACUUUUACAUAAUCUAUCCUUAUAGAAUAUGAUUACUAACCUUUCUGUUCAUUCUUUUAUCAGCUCUUCAAAAUCAAAGACUAACUUAGCAAAUAAGAGUGAUCUAUUUUAAUAAAAAUACAUGCAAACAUUAGUUACCUUACAUAUGAACAGACCUUUUCCAGCUACUAAGGACGCUACAGUCAAAUCAUUCAUUAUAUAUUUUAUAUAUAUUUUUAAAUCAGACUAUGAGACUAGAAAGAGUAACAAUGAACUUGGUCUCAUUUUAUAAAUUAUUGGUCUUUACAAGACUCUGAUACAUUACAGUGUUUUAUAAUAUUAAGGUCAAUAUACUGUACAUUUUAUAAUAAAAAGUAUUUUCCAAAAAAUGUAUUCACUGUGGUUUUCAUUUUCUUUUGAGAAAAUAGGGAACUCCAAACACUGAGAGUACAAAAUUAAGUCAAAAGCCGGAAGUCAUGUAAUGUUAUACAUACUUUUUAUCUUUCUAAACAUGAUUUCCUAAUAAAAAUUUAACACUUCUGUUAUGUAUAUUUCAGGACACAUUUACA